GGUCUUUGAAUAGCAGCAAUGUCCAGUGAGCGACAGGGAAGCCUUGCCCGGUACACUUGACCAUGAGCUGGAAACGUCUCCAGCUCGAGAGGAAGCAGCAGCACUCGCAGUACAAAAGCCUCUGCUGAUCAUGAGUCAAUCAUCGCCUUCAGCCAGCAUCUUUCACGUAUCUUGAAGAGUACUACCUUUACCCUUCUGAUAUGUAAAGCAAGACUGCAGAAAAUUUCGCUCGUCGAAACGAAGGUCGCAUCGAGGAACGGCGAGGAAGGUCAGACAGGAACGAUGGCCAAGCUCGUGGCGAUGGCGAUGGUGAUGGCGAUGGUGGCGGGUCUGCAGACGGCCGAGGCGGUGGACUUCCUCUUCUGGGACGGGCCCGCGUGCUCGGGAGUUGUGGACGCUCUGUGCACCUCGAUCGCCAACGGCAGCUGCUGCGUGUCGCCGACGGCCUACCAGUCCGUCCAGGUCAGGGCUGCGGACUUGUGCCAAGUCACCACCGUGUACCAAGACAGCGGGUGCACGGCCAACGUCUCCUCCAACGCCAGCUCGCUCUGCUUCACUAGCGACUCGGCCAUCUUCACUUCCGCCAGCUGGGCCUCCGGUUGCAUCAACGGCGUGCCUAUCGCCGACAUCCCCGUCCCCGUCGCCGCCCCGACCCCAGCUCCUUCCCCCGCCGUCGACGGCAGCGACCUGUCACCGUCGCCGUCGGAGGCUCCCGCCCCCGUCCCGGUGUCCGGAGCUCGUCGCCUCUUGAGCGAGCCGACGGUCGAUUGCACCCGCCGCGUGGAGGCGGACAGCGAGGUGAUAUACUACCGCGAGAGCGCGUCGAAGGGGAUGUGGAGCCUCCGAGUCAGCGAGGGCACCAGCUCAGCCGAGUUGCUGGAGCUGCUGGCGAGCGUGCCGGAGGACGAGAAGGUGUUCUGGUUUGUGGCUCAGGGCGCUUAUUACGACGAGGAGACGGAGGGCAAGAUUAGGAGCAUCGUGCAUGUUUAAUCUGACGAGCUCCCCGUCGAUGAUAGCUGCUCUUCGUGGGCAUCGAUGGUCGAUUAUUCGAUUCCGAUAACCUGCCGUCGUUCCUUGACGAUCAGGGUAUGAAUGAUUGUGAAUAAAAUAUUCUUGGUUUGGUUAUAUGACAAUUCCUGGUCACGGCGUCGAGCAAAUGCUGAUUCUGAGUUUAUUGAAUCUCGGCCAUUUACAAACGUGCUCCACUCUGUCAUGCACAAUUCGUCAGGCUGGUUUUGAUUGAUGGUUUUGACGGCGAAGAGCAUAAGAUCAUAAUUGAGAAUGGGCAUGAGUGAUUGAUUAAUUGAUUUUCCAUCAUCCGUGGAGUAUGCGUGAGAGCGGAUGACGAAUUUGUUGCCACCAGAGAAACUGCCUCCAAUUGGACUUUGUAUAUGACCAGUUGGUUCAGUAGACUUCGGAAGCGAAUCGUGGAUGGAUACACACCAGAACGAACAUCCAUUUUAACGAAGUGGAGAGGAAAGCUUGUCAGUAAUUCGGUAUUGAACCUCGAGAUCGUCAACAUGUAUUGAUGCUGUUUCUGC